UCGCGUGGGUGUCCAGCGCCCUGUUGUCCGGGCUGGACGGCGGGAGAAAGCGCUCCGACGGAAAGCUGUGUCUCCACCACGGCUGUCUCCAAGGUCAUGGCAGUUCCUCCACCACCGUCUGGGACUGAGGUUUCUUUGCACCGAAAACUCCUGCUGCUACUGCCGCUCCUUCUACUCCUGCUCCAGGUGGAGGCGCAGAAAGUCUGGGCGGCAGAGGAAAGUCCCCGAGCCCGCGAAAAGGCGUGCCACUUCUACGCGGGUGGACAUGUGUACCCCGGGGAGGCGUCCCUUCUUUCGGCCUCCGAUCACUCCUUGCACCUUAGCAAAGCCAAGAUUUCCAAGCCAGCACCCUACUGGGAAGGAACAGCUGUAAUAAACGGAGAGUUUAAGGAGCUGAAGUUGAAUGAUUAUUUUGGGAAGUACCUGGUUUUUUUCUUCUAUCCACUUGAUUUCACUUUUGUGUGUCCCACUGAAAUCAUCGCCUUUAGUGACAGAAUUGAAGAAUUCAGAUCUAUAAAUACAGAAGUGGUUGCAUGUUCCGUUGAUUCACAGUUUACUCAUUUGGCCUGGAUUAAUACACCACGAAAACAAGGAGGACUUGGCCCAAUAAGAAUUCCACUUCUUUCCGAUUUAACCCAUCACAUCUCCAAGGAUUAUGGGGUAUAUCUGGAGGACUCUGGCCACACUCUUCGAGGCCUCUUUAUUAUUGAUGACAAAGGAACUCUAAGACAGAUUACUCUGAAUGAUCUUCCUGUGGGUAGAUCGGUGGAUGAGACACUACGUUUGGUUCAAGCAUUCCAGUACACUGACAAACAUGGAGAAGUGUGCCCUGCUGGUUGGAAGCCUGGUAGUGAAACAAUCAAACCUGAUGAUGUCAUGAAAGCUUGGUGGUCAAGAGAAGAGCUAUAAUCCCAGAUCCAUCUGGAAAACUGAAGUAUUUUGAUAAACUCAAUGAAAAUACUUCCUCAGAUUUCAAUGCUUGAAAUUUCUCAAUAAACAAAUUCACUGUUUCAGUUCCA